GGCACUAUUGAGCACUAGUGUGAGCGUAUUGAAGGCUCUUGUUUUUCCUCCCCGACCCUGAUCUCCACACCAGGAGCUGGAACAAAAAGUCGCCCUGCAUCUGGCAAAAUGCUGCUAACGCUCUUUGGCGGUGAUGCCCAGCCGGGGUGCGCAUUUCACGCUGGUCGCUGGGCCUGGCAACACACUUCGGAAAGGCUAAACCGCCGCAUUUCUACGGAUAGCAGCGCGGAUUCCGAUUACAGACUGUAGUUGCGAGGCGGUGGUCAUGUAUAGAUUCCCGCCUCGGGGUAGUGAGACAACAAAGUAUCUGCGUUUUCAUCUCAAUGUCUGCAGCAGUAAUUUAUUCAUUUGGCGCGGCGGAAGCAGCCCGAACUGCAGCCGUUGGUGCUCUAGGACUAAGAAAGGAGCCUGGCCGCUUCCUUCGAUGCUUCGUCGAGGGCGGCACCAAAAACACUGCACGGUGGGUCAAGAAACGUACCGUGGAUCAUGACAGGCUCAAACACAUGUCCGUCUGGAGUGCACACCCACAAGCCGAUUGCCCACGCACAGAGCAGUGGUCACAGAGCCGCACACGGGCAAGGACGGCGGACGCAGAAGCAGAUCGACCCCGCUCCUCCUCGCCUGCCGCCCGUUCUCUCGCCUCCCACCCGUUCUGCUCCCCAGCGCGGGGGGGGAAGGAGCGGCACUGCACACAGGCAGUAGGCAGAGCAACACACGGAGGAGGGAGGAGGAGGAGGAGGAGGAGGAGGAGGAGGAGGAGGAGGAGGAGGAGGAGCGCCCCUCCGACGGGGCUGCGGCCCUCGAGGGCGGGGGCGCGGAGAAGAGGCCCCCCCCCUCGGGCGGGCCGCGCGGGAGGAGCCCCCUAUCGCGGGGGCGCGGCGAAAAGGGCGCGUCCGGGGAUGCCGCGGCGGGCACGCGGCACAGGCGGGGGAAAGAGAACUAUUUUUUUCUCCUCGCCCGAACAGAGGUCGGAGAAACGCAGGCCCGCGUCGACGCAGGCUUUAAGGCAGAUGCUGGUGCUGUCGGCCCUCGUUCGUCCCCGCUCCUUCCGUGCCCGCCGCGAUCCGUCAGAAAGCAAACUGGCCGCUCAUCGGACUAGCCGCCAGUCUGCGACUUCCGCUUGGCCUUGUCCAGCUCGGAGGGGUUCAGGAGCUUCUUGAGGAGAAUCAAAACCAGGUCGGGAGCCAGCGCGACCACGAUGGCGGUGCCGAUCGACGCGGGCACCAUGCUGUUCUCGACCAUCAGCCCGAACAUCCCCUUCAUGUUGGGCUGCAGCGUGGGCCCGAACCACACGUAGCUAAAGCAGAAGAUGACGAUGCAGAACACGCCGAACGUGACGAGCGUGGGGCACCACGUAUGAAACCCCAGCGGGUUCUGGGAGACGAUGACCAACUUCAAACAAACCACAAAGACGACGCAGGAGAACGCGGUAACGGAGGAGACCCAGAAAUCCGACGGCUCAGUCUUCACGAUGGGGUCGUCGGGGUCGUCGAUCUUGGGGUCGAGCAGGGCAAAAGGGAUGGUCCAGCAGAUGGCGCCGUGGUAGAGGGCGUUGACAAGCCACUUGAGGAACACUUUCCCGUUGAAGAGCUUGCGGGCGGGCCCGACCUUGUACAAGCCCGGGUUGCUGUUGGCCUCGUCGUCGGGGAUGUCCUUGUCGAAGCCGAGCAUCAGCAACAUGUGCAGCGAGGUGAAGAUCGGGUUGAAAUUGAUGGACAGCCACUCUGGCACCGCGACGAGGGCCCGGAACCUGUACUGGAAGAGCCACACGAUGUCCAGCAUGAUGAGCGUGAUGUUCUUGUACAGGAAGAAGCACAAGAACAGCGCCACGCGCCGGUACGCGCGGCGACCGUGGCACUGCAGCAGGGGCACCAGGUAGCGGAACUGCGAGAUGGCGAUGUCGGACGCCUGCACCGCCUGCGUGCCCUCCUUCCCGCGGAUGGCGAUGCCGAGGUGCGCGCCGUAGAUCAUCGGCACGUCGUUCGCGCCGUCGCCGACGGAGAGGGUGAUGGUCCUGGGGUCCUGCUCGCGCACCAGCUGCACGAGCUGCAGCUUCUGCUGGGGGCUCAGGCGGGUGCAGAUGCACGAGCGGCUGACCAUGCCCAGGUCGUAGAUGACCUUUCGGCACUCCAGGCUCUGCAGCGCGUGUAUGAGGGUCUGGCCGUCGAGCACGAGGCCGGAGUCGUCCUCCUUGUUCUCGAGCUCCGAGUACGCCUUCAGCAGCCUGUCCUCGGCAUCCUUCGCGUCCUUGGCCUGCACAGCGUAGGCCAGCGUCGUGGAACUGGUGAACAGGCUGCAAGACCUGGCGAUGUCCACCGCCGUCUCAGUCUUGUCGCCAGUGAGGACCCACAGGCGGAUCCCCAUUUCCUUCAACAACUGGAUGGUCUCGGGCACCUGGUCCUGCAGCCGGUCAUCUACAGCGGUGAUGCCGACGAACUUCAGGCCCUGCUCCAUCUUGGCCGCCACGGCGGCCAUGCCGGACUCCUUGGCGGUGUUGAUCACCUCCCUGGCCGCGACGUACUCCGCGCUCCACUCCUCCCACUCCUGGUGGCUGACCUUCUUCAUCGCGAUCACGAGCGUGCGCAGGCCCUUGACCGCGAACGCGUGCAAAUGCGCUUGGCUAUCAGCACUGAGCGGCUCCCGCAGCAGGGGCUCCAUCACCGUGUCUGCGCCCUUCGUGAUGCACCAGAUCUCGCCGCGGUGCUUCACCAGCACGGACAUGCGCUUGCGGUCCGAGCUGAAGGGCAGCUCGAAGAGCUGCAGGAACACGCGCUGCUUGUUCCCUGGCCCCUUCACCAGCAGCUCGGACGAGGAGCCCGCGUACUUGCGCUUGCGCCCUGCAAACGCGAUGCCCGCCUCGCAAGCUGCGUUCACGAGCGCCACCUCGUCCGGCGAGGCCCCGGAAUAGACCGACGUGACGCCGGUGCCGUCCCUGGCCACCGCCUCGUGAGGCGCCUCCGGCGGUGGCGCCGCCGAGGACGGGCCCGACUUGAUCGCGGCAAAGGACAGCGCCGACUUGAGCUGCUUCACGGGGGGCUCCGCCGGCCCUGUGGCAUCCACCUUCGUGUCGGCGGUGCGCCGCUGCUUGACAACGCUGUGGCAGACCGCCAGACAGGUGAAAAAGUCCACUGUGCUGUGAAACAUCUGGUCCUUGGGCCCGUCCUUCUCGGCCAGGCCCUUGGCGAACACCUCCUUCACCUUCUCGAGGCCACAGGCGCUGUCACCUCGGAACUCGCCCAUGUCGACGCCGUUGAUGUCACACUGCGCAAAGACCAUCUCGUUGCGGGUCAAGGUGCCAGUCUUGUCGGAGAAAAUGAAGCUGAUCUGCCCCAUCUCCUCCAUGAGGUCGGCGGUCCGCGGGAGCGCGCCCUCGCCCGUGGCGGGGUCGACCAUCUGCUGGUCGGACGCCAGGAGGAAGCCGAGGAGCAGCUUCAGCAUCUCGUACACCACGUACAGGCUGAGUGGCACUAUGUGGUAGAAGAUGAUGGCAAACUUGAAGAACAUGAUGACGGGGUGGUCUCCGGUCUUCUCGGAGAGUGUCCCCUCACCUACAACGGACACGAGCGUGGCCGCCAGGCACCAGGCGAAGAGGAAGACGAGCAGCCCGACGAUGACGUUGUUCAGGUUCACCUGCAUGUUGGAGAACUUGACCACGCGCCCCCGCAUCGCGUUCAGCCGGGCCUUGGAGUCGUCCCCCACGUAGGCGGCGAUGCCGAGCACCCAGGGCGUGUUCCUGAGAAUGCACCCGCGGGGCAGGAAGUUGAUCUCCCCGAACGGGCACA